AUGUCUGAUAUAGAAGAUGACUUCAUGUGCGAUGAUGAAGAGGAUUAUGAUCUGGUAAACUCCUCAGAAGUAAAUAUAUAUGGAUAUUGUAGCUGAUUACCAUAUACAACGUAUUUAGCUAGCUAGCUAAUCAGCGUAAACAUUCCAUGUUGCACUCCACUUAGUAGCUAGCCAGCUAGCAGCUGAACUAGCUGUUGAUGGUUCUCCUAUCAUUGACAGCUAACUGUUAACGUUAGUUAGUUAGCCAGCUAGGUCUCUAAGGAUUUGUUCACUUACUAUUGCAAGUUGCAACUAAUUGUUGCUAAACCUUUUGCACCGUUAAAUGAUCCAGCUGUUUGCUUCACAAAUCACCAAAACAACACAUAUCAUGAGCUAGCUAGCUGAAUGUCAAAAGUGGGUGUUGAUCUUGUAAACUGCAGUGAUGAUUAAUUGUGUGAUUUCAGGAAUACUCAGAGGACAGCAACUCUGAGCCCAAUGUUGAUUUGGAGAAUCAGUACUACAAUUCAAAGGCCCUAAAGGAGGAUGACCCCAAAGCAGCUCUCAGUAGCUUCCAGAAGGUUAGUUAUCACACACAAACACCACAGGAGGCUGGUGAGGGGAGGACGGCUUAUAAUAAUGGCUGGAAUGGAGUGGUAUCACACCAUGUGUUUGUAAUUAUACCAUUCCGGCCAUUACUAUGAGUCCGUCCUCCCCAAUUAAGGUGCCACCAGCCACAUGUGACACACACGCGCUAUUGCCUGUCCCUUUAUUAAAUGCAUCUUUCUGACCCCAGGUCUUGGAGCUGGAGGGUGAGAAAGGAGAAUGGGGGUUCAAAGCCUUGAAACAGAUGAUUAAGAUUAACUUCAAACUGGUAAGCAGCAGACACGUUACCAGUCAAAAGUUUGGACUCAUUCCAGUUAUUUAUUUAUUUUUUUAAAAACUAUUUUUACAGAAUAUAGCCCUAUUUGGUAAAAGACCAAGUCCAUAUUAUGGCAAGAACAGCUCAAAUAAGCAAAGAGAAAUGACAGUCCAUCAUUACUUUAAGACAUGAAUGUCAGUCAACCCAGAAAAUGUCAAGAACUUUGAAAGUUUCUUCAAGUGCAGUCACAAAAACCAUCAAGCGCUAUGAUGAAACUGGCUCUCAUGAGGACCGCCACAGGAAUGGAAGACCCAGAGUUACCUCUGCUGCAGAGGAUAAAUUCAUUAGACUUAACUGCACCUCAGAUUGCAGCCCAAAUAAAUGCUUCACAGAUUUCACGUAACAGACACAUCUCAACAUCAACUGUUCAGAGGAGACUGCGUGAAUCAGGCCUUCAAAUCAAAUCAAAUUUUAUUGGCCACAUGCGCCGAAUACAACAGGUGCAGACAUUACAGUGAAAUGCUUACUUACAGCCCUUAACCAACAGUGCAUUUAUUUUUAAAAUAAAACAACAACAAAAAAAGUGUUGAGAAAAAAAGAGCAGAAGUAAAAUAAAAUAACAGUAGGGAGGCGAUAUAUACAGGGGGGUACCGGUGCAGAGUCAAUGUGCGGGGGCACCGGCUAGUUGAGGUAGUUGAAGUAAUAUGUACAUGUGGGCAGAGUUAAAGUGACUAUGCAUAAAUAAUUAACAGAGUAGCAGAAGCGUAAAAGGAUGGGGUGGGGGGGCAGUGCAAAUAGUCCGGGUAGCCAUGAUUAGCUGUUCAGGAGUCUUCUGGCCAGCCUUUCAAAGCACUUCAUGUCUACAGACGUCAGUGCUACGGGUCGGUAGUCAUUUAGGCAGGUUAUCUUAGAGUCCUUGGGCACGGGGACUAUGGUGGUCUGCUUGAAACAUGUUGGUAUUACAGACUCAGUCAGGGACAUGUUGAAAAUGUCAGUGAAGACACUUGCCAGUUGGUCAGCACAUGCUCGGAGUACACAUCCUGUUAAUCCGUCUGGCCCUGCGGCCUUGUGAAUGUUGACCUGCUUAAAAGUCUUACUCACAUCGGCUACGGAGAGCGUGAUCACAUAGUCAUCCGGAACAGCUGGUGCUCUCAUGCAUGCUUCAGUGUUGCUUGCCUCGAAGCGAGCAUAGAAGUGGUUUAGCUCGUCUGGAUGUCUUGUGUUUCAUGGUCAAAUUGCUGCAAAGAAACCACUACUAAAGGACAUCAAUAAGAAGAAGAGACUUGCUUGGGCCAAGAAACAUGAGCAAUGGACAUUAGACCGGUGGAAAUCUGUCCUUUGGUCUGAUGAGUCCAAAUGUGAGAUUUUUUUUCCAACCACCGUGUCUUUGUGAGAUGCAGCGUAGGUGAACGGAUGAUCUCUGCAUGUGUGGUUCCCACCGUGAAGCAUGGAGGAGGAGGUGUGAUGGUGUAGGGGUGCUUUGCUGGUGACACUGUCGGUGAUUUAUUUAGAAUUCAAGGCACACUUAACCCGCAUGGCUACAGCAUUCUGCAGCGAUACGCCCUCCCAUCUGGUUUGCACUUAGUGGGACUAUCAUUUGUUUUUCAACAGGACAAUGACCCAAAACACACCUCCAGGCUGUGUAAGGGCUGUUUGACGAAUGAGUGCUGCAUCAGAUGACCUGGCCUCCACAAUCACCCGAACUCAACCCAAUUGAGAUGGUUUGGGAUGAGUUGGACCACAAAAUGAAGGAAAAGCAGCCAACAAGUGCUCAGCAUAUGUGGGAACUCCUUCAAGACUGUCGGAAAAGCAUUCCUCAUGAAGCUGGUUGAGAGAAUGCCAAGAGUGUGCAAAGCUGUCAUCAAGGCAAAGGGUUGCUACUUUGAAGAAUCUCAAAUAUAAAAUAUAUUUUGAUUUGUUUAACACUUUUUUGGUUACUACAUGAUUCCAAAUGUGUUAUUUCAUAGUUUUGAUGUCUUCACUAUUAUUCUACAAUGUAGAAAAUAGUAAAAAAUAAAGAAAAACCAUUGAAUGAGUAGGUGUGUCCAAACUUUUGACUGGUACUGUAUAUAUUGAAUAUUUAGAAAACAUAUUCUUCAUUGUGCUAAAUAUUUGAUCAAAUUUGUUCAUGUUUUGUAAAGAGCUGCUACCAUCCUGUACCACCUAAAUUAGUAUUUGAAUUACUUUUUUGUUGUUGUAUUUUUCCCUCCAGACAAAUUUCCCUGAAAUGAUGAACAGGUACAAGCAGCUGUUAACAUACAUCCGGAGUGCAGUUACAAGAAACUACUCUGAGAAAUCCAUCAAUUCCAUCCUUGACUAUAUCUCAACGUCAAAGCAGGUAAUGUUUGUAACAUUUUAUGAACCAAACAAUUAUGCUUUGAUUCUGUGCACCGAUCUGAGCUGUAUUGAAUUUUGGAAAAGUGUCUAAACUCUGAGGGCUGCUCUGAAAGCUACUGCUGGACGUAUAGGCAUGCUAAAUGGUACAGAAGGCCUACUUGACUUCUUCAUUCAUUUUCAGAUGGACUUGUUGCAAGAGUUUUAUGAAACAACGUUGGAUGCAUUAAAGGAUGCCAAAAAUGACAGGCUUUGGUUUAAAACCAACACUAAGGUAUGCUUCAUAAAAAAAAAAAACGUUUCAUAUAAUGUCAUUGAUUCCAUCCACAAUAUCAUCUUUUUUUUAAUGCAAUCCAAUAAUGUACACUACCGUUCAAAAGGUUGGGGUCACUUAGAAAUGUCCUUCUGGUUAGAGCCAGUUUGCGCUGUUCUGUGAAGGGAGUAGUACACAGCGUUGUACGAGAUCUUCAGUUUCUUGGCAAUUUCUCGCAUGGAAUAGCCUUCAUUUCUCAGAAACAAGAAUAGACUGACGAGUUUCAGAAGAAAGUUUUGUUUCCAUUUUGAUCCUGUAAUCGAACCCACAAUUGCUGAUGCUCCAGAUACUCAACUAGUCUCAAUAAGGCCAGUUUUAUAGCUUCUUUAAUCAGCACAACAGCUAACAUAAUUGCAAAAGGGUUUUCUAAUGAUCAAUUAGUCUUCUAAAAUGAUAAACUUGGAUUAGCAAACACAACGUGCCAUUGGAACACAGGACUGAUGGUUGCUGAUAAUGGGCCUCUCUGUACGCCUAUGUAGAUAUUCCAUUACAAAUCAGCCGUUUCCAGCUACAAUAGCCAUUUACAACAUUAACAAUGUCUACACUGUAUUUCUGAUCAAUUUUAUGUUAUUUUAAUGAAUUUUUUUUGUGUUGCUUUUCUUUGGAAAACAAGGACAUUUCUAAGAGACCCCCAAACUUUUGACCGGUAGUGUGUGUGGCAUAGACGUUUUACGGAGACACUAAGGUUGAUCCUUGUGUCAUUUAGUUUCAUUCCUCACGCCUCCUCCCUGUCCUGUGCUUUAGCUUGGGAAGUUGUACCUGGAGAGAGAAGAGUACGGUAAGCUUCAGAAGAUCCUGAGGCAGCUGCACCAGUCCUGUCAGGUGAAGAAACACUCCUCAUCAAUGCAAUCAGAGGUUUUCACAGAGGUCUUUACAGAGGUUUUACCACCAAAUCUAAUUCAGCAUUAUAACGUCAUAAUGAAAAAAAAAAAACGUACUUGUGUGUUCUUAGUGACAAUAGAUCAUUGGAAUCAUAUUGUAUGAUUUGUAGCCUGGUCCGAGAUCUGUUUGGACUGUUUGGACAACUCCUAUGGCUGUUGCCGUGACCACAGGAGACAAGAGAACACAAACAGAUCUGGGGCUGGGCUAGUAUGAUUGUGGAAUCAUUGUGGAAAUCUAGAAUGCCCUGUUCAUCCUCAAGUGUCUGUGUGGAUGUAUCUCUCAAGUAUUUGUUCCAUGUUCUGUCUUGGUGUAUAGACGGAUGAUUAGUAUUGGUCCCAUGUUCUGUCUUGGUGUAUAGACGGAUGAUUAGUAUUGGUCCCAUGCUUUGUCUUGGUGUAUAGACGGAUGAUUAGUAUUGGUUCCAUGUUCUGUUUUGGUGUAUAGACGGAUGAUUAGUAUUGGUUCCAUGUUCUGUCUUGGUGUAUAGACGGAUGAUUAGUAUUGGUCCCAUGCUUUGUCUUGGUGUAUAGACGGAUGAUUAGUAUUGGUUCCAUGUUUUGUCUUGGUGUAUAGACGGAUGAUUAGUAUUGGUCCCAUGCUUUGUCUUGGUGUAUAGACGGAUGAUUAGUAUUGGUCCCAUGCUUUGUCUUGGUGUAUAGACGGAUGAUUAGUAUUGGUUCCAUGUUCUGUUUUGGUGUAUAGACGGAUGAUUAGUAUUGGUUCCAUGUUCUGUUUUGGUGUAUAGACGGAUGAUUAGUAUUGGUCCCAUGUUCUGUCUUGGUGUAUAGACAGAUGAUUAGUAUUGGUCCCAUGCUUUGUCUUGGUGUAUAGACGGAUGAUUAGUAUUGGUUCCAUGUUUGUCUUGGUGUAUAGACGGAUGAUUAGUAUGGUUCCAUGCUUUGUUGGUGUAUAGACGGAUGAUUAGUAUUGGUCCAUGUUCUGUUUUGGUGUAUAGACGGAUGAUUAGUAUUGGUCCAUGUUCUGUCUUGGUGUAUAGACGGAUGAUUAGUAUUGGUCCCAUGUUUGUUUUGGUGUAUAGACGGAUGAUUAGUAUUGGUCCAUGCUUUGUCUUGGUGUAUAGACGGAUGAUUAGUAUUGGUUCCAUGCUUUGUUUGGUGUAUAGACGGAUGAUUAGUAUUGGUCCCAUGUUUGUUUUGGUGUAUAGACGGAUGAUUAGUAUUGGUCCCAUGUUCUGUUUUGGUGUAUAGACGGAUGAUUAGUAUUGGUCCCAUGUUCUGUCUUGGUGUAUAGACGGAUGAUUAGUAUUGGUCCCAUGUUGUGUCUUGGUGUAUAGACGGAUGAUUAGUAUUGGUCCCAUGCUUUGUCUUGGUGUACUAUACAGACGGAUGACGGUGAGGAUGACCUGAAGAAAGGCACCCAGCUCUUAGAGAUCUAUGCUCUGGAGAUCCAGAUGUACACGGCCCAGAAGAACAACAAGAAGCUGAAGACACUAUACGAACAGUCUCUACACAUCAAGUCCGCCAUCCCUCACCCACUCAUCAUGGGAGUCAUCAGAGGUAGACACAUCUCUACCUACGCCUUAACUGCUUCACUUUACAACCACAUCUCUACCUACGCCUUAACUGUUUCACUUUACAACCACAUCUCUACCUACGCCUUAACUGUUUCACUUUACAACCACAUCUCUACCUACGCCUUAACUGCUUAACUUUACAACCGCAUCUCUACCUACGCCUUAACUGCUUAACUUUACAACCACAUCUCUACCUACGCCUUAACUGCUUCACUUUACAACCACAUCUCUACCUACGCCUUAACUGUUUCACUUUACAACCGCAUCUCUACCUACGCCUUAACUGCUUAACUUUACAACCACAUCUCUACCUACGCCUUAACUGCUUAACUUUACAACCGUAUCUCUACCUACGCCUUAACUGCUUAACUUUACAACCACAUCUCUACCUACGCCUUAACUGUUUCACUUUACAACCGUAUCUCUACCUACGCCUUAACUGUUUCACUUUACAACCACAUCCCUACCUACGCCUUAACUGCUUAACUUUACAACCACAUCUCUACCUACGCCUUAACUGUUUAACUUUACAACCACAUCUCUACCUACGCCUUAACUGCUUAACUUUACAACCACAUCUCUACCUACGCCUUAACUGUUUAACUUUACAACCACAUCUCUACCUACGCCUUAACUGCUUAACUUUACAACCACAUCUCUACCUACGCCUUAACUGUUUCACUUUACAACCGCAUCUCUACCUACGUCUUAACUGCUUAACUUUAUAACCCAGACACAUUCAUGGGCUCUUUCUCAAGGGUAUUUUUCUUACUCUCAAACGUACAGUCUCUCCUCGCCUCUUUCUCAAAACGCAUUGGAGGAGAAGAUCCAAGGUCUCUCCUCUCUGACCUAGUCCUUCAAUGGGUUUUAAGUAGGAGGCGUGUAGAGAGGAUCCUUUGUCAGGACCACGUUGUCUGGUCUGUUGUCUUCUCCAGAGUGUGGAGGGAAAAUGCAUUUGCGAGAAGGGGAGUUUGAGAAGGCUCACACGGACUUCUUCGAGGCGUUUAAGAACUACGAUGAAUCAGGAAGUCCUCGACGCACCACCUGUCUGAAGUACCUGGUGCUGGCCAACAUGCUGAUGAAGUCUGGAAUCAACCCCUUCGACUCCCAGGAGGUAUGGAGGGACUCUUUAGUGAUGAGAGAUUCAUCUCUAUGGGAUGGCUUCCCAGACCCAGUUUUUUAAACUAGUCCUGGAAUAAAACUUUUUCAAUGGAGAUGGGUCUUUACUGAUUCCUAUUUUAGUGAACAUGGUGUAUUGGUGCAUCUGUCAUAAUGUUAGUGUCGUUACUAAUGCUGAUAUUUGUUCCUCCUAGGCCAAACCCUAUAAAAAUGAUCCAGACAUCCUUGCAAUGACAAACUUGGUCAGGUAAGACUGCAUCUCAUUGGCUAUUACAAUCUAACCUUUCUGGGAAGAGUUUUGCUUUGGCCAUUUGUCUACACACAGUUUGAUUAUUGAACGCAAACCAAUGUUACAUUCCCCGCCCUAGUUCCUACCAGAACAACGACAUCACAGAGUUUGAGAAGAUCCUGAAGACCAAUCACAGUAACAUAAUGGAUGAUCCAUUCAUAAGGGAACAUAUAGAAGGUGUGGUUUAAGAUGUCACUCUCAGCUUGAUGUAUUUGGUUAAUGUUACUUCAUUAGUAAGUAGUAACAUGCUUUUAACAAGUUAUAAAUCCUUAUACCUGGAGGCAGGUAAAGAGUUACUGAAAGUUCCUUAUAUUUAAUCAUAGAUUUUCUUGAUUUUUAUCUUUUCAGAGUUAUUACGAAACAUAAGAACACAAGUGCUCAUCAAAUUAAUCAAGCCUUACACGAGAAUACACAUACCUUUUAUUUCAAAGGUAAGAUCACUACAAAGAUCUAUCUGUAGCAUAUUGUUUUUGUGAAAAAGUAUAUAUUGUAUCUAAAUUUGAAGUUUUAUAAUAUACAUUUUUUUGUCUCCUUCAGGAAUUGAACAUCGACGUCUGCGACGUGGAAAGCCUUCUAGUUCAGUGCAUUCUAGACGGGUAAAUUGCAUCUUGGUACAUGAUUAUUGUAGAGCUUUAAAUGCACCACAGUUUUACGCAUUUACCAUAAUUGACCUUCUAUUUAACUUUUUCUUCUGAUACCUGUCAGAACGAUCAACGGCCGCAUCGACCAAGUCAACCAACUGUUGGAGUUGGAUCACCAGAAGAGGAACGGAGCCCAAUACAUGGCUUUAGAUAAAUGGACUAAUCAGCUGAACACUCUCAACCAGGCCAUCGUCAGCAAACUGGCCUAA